AUGGGCGUCGCUCGGAAGCGGUUCUGUCAGGCGGCGCUGGAAGUCUGCUUCGGCCAGCUUGAGGAGAUCACGCCAGUUGUGGAUGAGUCUAGAAAGGUUUGCUUGAAUGAGUUUGGGCUGGGUGCCCUGUAUCCCGUUUCGGAGAAGAGAUAUCGCUUGUGGAAGAUCCGGGUGGACUCGCCAUCGCAAAGCUUCCAGGCCUUUCGCCCGAACUCUACUUGGAUGUACAGCGUGUGGCUGUUGCCUAUGUCUGACUUCAGCGAUCGCCUUCGGAGGCCCGCUGCGGCCCGCUGCGGCCUUGGGAACGCGGGCCCUGUCGCAGGUUUCCUGGACUUGACCCUGCAGGGCCUCCGCGAGCAGUGGCAAGAAGCGGAAUGCCAGGUGGGCCCAGAGAUCCGGGCCGAGUUGUCACCGCUGCGCUCCGCAGGUGCUGGGACCAGGACGCAUCACCACCUUGGCAACGACCUGCGAGGAGUUCGAUACCGGAAGCAGCUGCUCGAGGCCGACCGAUGCGGCAGCGGCUCGCCCAUCGACCUCCAAGAGGACCGGCGCUUGCAGCUGUUGACGCAAAACCGAAGCAGGAUUCCCUGCUGGUACAACCGCCUGGAGGAUCAAACCCAAGAUGCUCGGGACGAGGAGGCCACCGAGGCCUUUUGCGCAGCGGCCAACACGUCCACGUGCAGCUUCCAGAAGACCUCGCAGGCGCGCUACACGCUGCGCUUGGAGGCAGAACCCUGCACGCCUCAGCCGGUGAAAGGCGGAGCGCAGAAGUCGCAAUUUUUGUGGGCCUUGUGGUGUUUGGAGACGUGA